UAUUUUUCAGAAAAAAUCUUUGCCAACCGCUUGGAAAAUCCGACAGAAAAAAAAAUGUUGCAAAUUUCGCUGCGAUUCGCUGUACUGUUGUUGACAACAAUAUUUGUCACCUCAGAUGCUGAAGGAUCUGCUCACGAAGUUACUCUUCAUCACCCAAAAAUCGAAUUACAAGGAACGGGAGACGUUCUGGACAUCUUGCAUUCUCAGCCGAUUUUUCCCAACGAACCAGUUGUUUUCAGCGUUUACGGAGUCCGUCAAAAUUCAUCAGACUUCCUGACCGACACCAGUUAUUGGAAAGCAAUCACGUACAAUCUUCGAGGAGUCACCCUCGGAUCCUGCUUCGACAUGAAAAAGGGCGAAUUCGUCGUCUCGGUCCCGGGUUUCUACGAGUUUCGCUGGGAAGCGGAAAAGGGAACCUGGGGUUUGCCCGGAGAACUCUACAUUCUCAAAAAUGACCAAGAUGUCUUCGGACGCGGAUUUGCCAAUGAAAAAACUAAAAUCACAGUCCGGACUUUCGCUCAAGUUUGGCUCAAUGCCGGCGAUCGUGUCUCGACUCGCUACAAAGGUCAGUUUUCCGGCGGUGACGUCGCCAAUGCGUUCCGCUGCUUAGUGGGCCGCAAGUAG